AUGCAACGAAUAAAUCAAGUUUCAAAUGAAGCAAUGAAACGUAUGCAAAUGCCUAUCUUACCAACAUCAUCAUCAUCAGUAUCAUCCUCAUCUGCUCAUCCAACAAGUCAUUCAAUGAUGCCAGAUCUUCUUUGGAUAAGCAAGCAACAACAACAACAUCCAUCAACACAUGCACAUCCAUUACGAAAUACUAUACGUGUUAGUUCUAAUGGUAUACGUCAUAAAUUUGAUGGUAAACAAUGGCGACCAUUAUGUGACUCACCUGAUGGAUAUGAAUGUCGAAAUUUAGUGUUUCGUUCAUCCUUAUGUCAAAAACACUUUUAUAAAUUACAUCAUUUUAAACGACCUUAUGCAAAAACUGGAUCACUAUCAACACCAUUAUCUGGCAUGUUAUCAUUACCAUUAAAAAGACCAUCACCAAAUUCAUAUGAACAGCCUCAUCGCUCUAGAAACGAACAUCAUGAUAUGGAAAGCGAACAUGAAAAUACUUACAAAGAUGAUGAUUCAAUUCAAGUUCUUGAAAAUACUGAUCCUUCAAUUAGCAAACGAGAUAAUAUUGAAUCAAAAAAUGCAUCUCAAUCAGAAUUUACUUUUUUUUCAAUUGAUUGUGAUCCACACGCUGACAUAGAUACACAUGAUAUGAAUCAUAUUAAAUCUGAGCCAUUACCAAAAACUAAACGAUUAGAUUCAACAAAUAAUAAUUCUAUUCUAUCGAAUGAAUUAGAUAAUUCAUCUUUAAAUAUACCCAUACCAAAAGUAAUGGAAUCAAUUCGUCUUGGUAUACCACCAUUAACACGUACAGAAGAAAAAUCAUUAGCUAAUGAGCUUAUAACACAAUUACCAGCUGAUGCAUCAUUAACAAUAGCCGAACAAAUGGCACGACGUCGAGCUUGUGAAAUCGUUAUGGAUAAUUAUUCUCAUCAAUUCUCACCAAUUAAUAUGGCAUCAGAAUGGUUUUAUGAUUUUCUUUUAAGAAAUCCACGUGUACCAAUACAUUUUCAAUCAUGGUUUUCAUCAAUUAAAGUAACAUUACCAUCAUCAGAUCAAUUAAUUGAUAUUAAAAUAUGGGAACUUGGACUUGUUACAAGAUCUAUUAUACCAUCAUCGUCAGUUUCAACCGGUUCAUGUUCGCCUUGA